AUGGUUUCCAAUUCAAAUGGACUUGUACCUUUUACACCAGACCGGAAAAAGGAUCACUAUACGACUUCCGGUGGUGAAAGCACGGGAUUUUUAUUGACCAAAGCCCUGAAUAUGCUGGUAUCCAGUGACUAUGACGUCAUUACUCCCCCGCGACACGGAGUGCCGACACCAAAGUCUACCGGAAGUAAGAAGAAACCAUUCCUGUUUAGACCAUAUGAACUUGAUAACGGUAUUUCUAGUGAAAAGAAAGCUGAAAUUACCAGCGCUCCUGAGAUGUGUUCUCCAAUGUUAUUGCGUUCCAAUUACGGCUCAAGCAGUCAAGAUUGGCAUAUUGAACGAAGGAAUAAGUCAGAACUCGUUAACACGCAAAGCCAACAUAUAUCUACCACACCAAAUUCUGAGCUCAGAAUAUCGGUUCCGAAAGCCGUAAGCAUAGAAACCCAGUUCACGCCAAGGUGGCUUUUGCCAGCGCCAGAACCAUUGAGUGCCUCAACGCCAAAGAAUUCGCCCUGCCCUUCACCUAACAUGGCGUUUCAGGAGACCGGGAUUCCUGGGAAAUUUGUGUCGCCAGUUACCAGUGCUGCCAAUGAUUUUGUCAUAGAAAGAAGGCGUAUUGUACCAAACUUGAACACCGUUAAACCAAAGAAUGUAGACAUUGAGAAAUGCAGCGUUUCAUCCAGUCAGAAAACACGAAACCCUAGUGGAGAAAUGCUAUACCCAAAGAUUGUUUCUUAUGACGCGCCAGUUGGUCAUCGACUACCUUUAAAACAUAGCUACAAGCAACAACACAAAGCUGCCACAAGUGCUGAUAUUCACGAGAAUAGAGCACGCACGCCGGUCAGAGAUGUUGACGUCAUUGAUGAAGUCAUCGUAAGACAACGAUCAAAUAGCUGCCCGCCUACACCAACAAGUCUCAAAAAGCAACAUCGGUGUGAAAUGUCAAAGAAAGUGAGAAGUACGAUUCCACAGGCCAUAUUUCACAGCGACUCUUUACCGGGAGUUUCGAAAAGUCGAAUCGAGGCUGUGAAAGAGACAUGGGCGAGGCACCACGCAAUUAUGACGUCCAAGUUGCCAAAUGUGUUGCCAAAUGACAUCACUCGGAAAGACACAUUGCCGGCGAUUUCAACGUUUACCCAUCGUGGAACGCCGCUUUCCCGGUCAGUGGACGAAGGUAUCUCACUUUUAGAAGGGGAAAGAGCUGGCACGCCCGAUAGCAUUCACAUGCGUAGUAGAAGUGAAGGAAAGUUGGAAACAUUUGGAGAAUUUCCGUUUAAGGUGAAUACGAGAUGCGACAAACAAUCUGAAAAUCUCAAAACUACUUACACAAGGGAUUCGAAAGAAACAUUUCCCGCACAGUACACCAAAGUGUUCAAUCCUAACCUAGCAUUAGAAAACCACAGAGUCGUCGGCGUAGGCAAAACAUGGCACGUGCCUGAAGACAGAAUAUCAGGGUCAAGGUCGCCAAUUGAUGGCAUGAGAUAUCCGUCUGGUUACCAACUGCAAGAACGGGAAGCAUUCAAGUCAUCACAGGAAUCUAGUCAAAGGAAAACGUUUGUUGAUCAUACGCAACAGGUCCAAGCCCCGUUUUUAACAAAAUUGGAGCAAUUCAAAAUAGGACAGUUUGCUCAGAGGCCAAGCCAGGCAUUUAAUCCUACCUCUGACAUUUAUCGCGACCAAGAUGGUUACAAACUACCAUACAUGACGGGACAUAUUCCUCACAGAUUUCCAUCGUCACAAUACGACCCUCGGUUAUUACAGGCCUACGGUUACACUACACCAUAUUUGAACCCACUGACUGCGCAUGCAAUGAAAAUGGAGAUGACGUCACCGAAGCCCUUUAUCCCGACUUCCGCUCAGUCCUUAGACUCAAAACCCUACCCUACCAACAAUUCGUUAUCGACGCGCGAAGAGUCUCUCCGACAUCCGGUUGAGACAAAACCACAAGUGGAGCAGCUACGACCUAGUCUAAUGGACCCCCGCCGCCCUCUUGGGACUUCUGCCCUUCAAAACCAGACUCCACUCGCCUCACCCGCCUACCACACAGAGAAGGCGCCGUUGAACGAUCUUCUCUACAUGAUGAAGGCGCAGCCUCCCCAGGUGGGUCUGGAAGUUAUCAACGGCGGUUACGGCAUCAAAAACCCGUCUUUCCAGGCGCCCAAAGCACAGGACUUCCCCGAUGAGUCAGUUUCCAAAGAUACGUCAAUGUUCAUCUGCAAGUUCUGCAAGAAAGAGUUCACCCUCCAACGUCUGCUCAACCGUCACCUCAAGUGCCACAGUGACGUCAAACGUUACCUGUGCACGUUCUGCGGCAAGGGGUUCAACGAUACGUUCGACCUGAAACGUCACACGCGGAUACAUACAGGUGUGAAGCCGUACAAGUGCCCGUCAUGUGACAAGUCAUUCACGCAGCGAUGUUCGCUUGAGUCGCACACUCGCAAAGUGCACGGGGUAGAGCUGCCUUAUGGGUACAAACAGAGAAGGAAUAAGGUGUACGUUUGUGAAGACUGCGGGCAUUCCACCCAUGACCCGGAAGAGCAUUUUAAGCAUCUGCAGCAGAAUCACCCAUAUAAUCCUGCCAUCAACCGCUGCCAUGACAAACGACAAUUCAAGUUCAAGAAUGAGAACGCGAGUUCGACGGUCGAACCCAGCAGCGCGGUCAUUGCCCUUGAUGAGAAAUCGAGUGAAAACACGGAGAGGUCAAGGUCAGAUAACGAGGUUGCUAUGGAAACGUUUAAGAGAAUUACGGAAACGCCACAGCGUAGGAGUGAAGAUACAAUGGCGGUCGAAGGCCUGUUGAAAACUGAGGAAAGCGAGGCAUUCAAGGUAGAGGAAAAGCCAAUUCAUCCAAAACAUGACUCAGACAAUCAAAAUGAGAUUCAAUCAAACAUCAUGUACACUAGUAGUGGAAAGCCAAAGAUGGUUGACAUGAGUGCUGUGUUAGAGAAAUGUGACACUGUAAAUCAAACAGGAGUAAGAUACAACGACAUUCGUAUGGCACCAAAGAGGCCUGUUGUAAAUUCUCCAAAAUCAUCACCGGUUAAAAGAUCUCCAAAACAGUUGAAACCUUCAUCGCCGAUGAAGAUUCGUCCAUUGGCGCUAGGCCUGUGUGAAAAUAGCAAACCGGCGGUGCCUAGAAUUGACGCUGAAAAUAUCACUGGGAAAUAUUUCAAUGACACCCAGAUUAAGAAGCGCCCUCUAGGGUCGCUUACCCAGAAUACCAUUCAUAAUAUACACCCGGGUCAAGCGAGGAGACAAGUGAAAUUUGACACUGUGUAUCUUUCUUCAUUACAAUCUGUUGAUAAUAUUACUAUGGCUGACGUUAAUAAAUGGACACGGGCUCAGUACUGGCUUAUACCCAGGACACGGGCUCAGUACUGGCUUAUACCCAGGACACGGGCUCAGUACUGGCUUAUACCCAGGACACGGGCUCAGUACUGGCUUAUACCCAGGACACGGGCUCAGUACUGGCUUAUACCCAGGACACGGGCUCAGUACUGGCUUAUACCCAGGACACGGGCUCAGUUAGGUUAUACCCAGGACACGGGCUCAGUACUGGCUUAUACCCAGGACACGGGCUCAAUACUGGCUUAUACCCAGGACACGGGCUCAGUACUGGCUUAUACCAGGACACGGGCUCAGUACUGGCUUAUACCCAGGACACGGGCUCAGUUAGGUUAUACCCAGGACACGGGCUCAGUACUGGCUUAUACCCAGGACACGGGCUCAGUACUGGCUUAUACCCAGGACACGGGCUCAGUUAGGAUUCGAAUAAGCUUAUACGCUGACCUACAAUUCGAUUUCAGGUAA